UGUUUUGAGGGGGUUGGGGCUGGAGGGAGGUAUUCUUGGAAGAUUAUCCAAGGUAAAGUUUUCAUUGUGAUUCAGAACCUGUGGACGAUUUGUCAUUCUCCAGUUCCGGAGAAUUUGAUAAUUCUUGCUUUAAUUUUGUCGUCAUGUAAAUCCUACUAAAGAACCGAAUAGAUUGUACCCUCGCCAUUGAGAUUUUAUCACUGCAUCACAGGCAGGGAUUAACAUCUGGAAUGGAGACUGUUGCAUAAUGCAUACAUUUGAGCCCUGGAGGGAUUUCUUCAAAAUGGAUGUGGAUUUAGUGUGCUGAAGCAGAAACCGAACUCAAAACCUUACGCUUGCCAAGCAGGUACUGGGUUGCUGAUCUAUAUCCCGGGAUUGGAAUAAUUUACGAAGAAGAGACAGUCAUCACAAACUUACAGGAUGGCAUUUCCUGUGGAUUUGCUGGAUAAUUGCAGUCAUGAGGAACUGGAAAAUUCUGCUGAAGAUUACAUGUCAGAUUUAAGAUGUGGAGACCCUGACAAUCCAGAGCGUUUUCCUCUUCCCAAUAUUACGUUGUCAUUUCAGAUUCCUAUUAGCCUAUCAAAUGUAGGCUUUGUACCUCUUUAUGGUGGAGAACAGACACAGAAAAUUCUUGCUCUUUUUGCUCCUGAGGAUUCACUCACAGCUGUGGCUCUUUACCUUGCUGAUCAGUGGUGGGCUAUUGAUGAUAUUGUGAAAACAUCUGUUCCAGCUAGAGAAGGACUUAUGCAGGUGAGCACUCUUGGGGAGAGAGUGGUUCUGUAUGUUCUGAACCGCAUUAUUUAUAGAAAACAGGAAAUGGAGAGAAAUGAGAUCCCAUUCCUGUGUCAUAGCAGUACUGAUUAUGCUAAGAUUCUGUGGAAGAAAGGAGAGGCCAUUGGGUUUUAUUCAGUUAAGCCUACAGGAAGUAUGUGUGCUUCGUUUCUUACCCAGAGUUACCAGCUGCCAGUUCUUGAUACUAUGUUUGUAAGGAAGAAAUACCGUGGCAAAGAUUUUGGGCUUCAUAUGCUGGAAGACUUUGUUGAUUCCUUUACAGAAGAUGCACUUGGCUUGCGGUACCCUCUGUCUUUUUUCCUAUGCACAGCUUGCAAACAAUACCUUGAAAAGUAUCCAGGAGAUCAUGAACUCCUUUGGGAAGUUGAAGGUGUUGGACACUGGUACCAGAGAAUACCAGUCACCAGAGCAUUGCAGAGAGAAACUCUUAAAAUUACAGCGAUGUCUCACAGUGACGCAAAAAGACCAGCGUCUGGAGAAUAUGGUCUUGCAGCUGUUCCAGAAUAUGGAGCAGGAACUAAAGACAGUCAGUCUAAUGAGAUGCAGCUAACUAUUGAUUCUCUCAAAGAUGCCUUCGCAAGCACUUCUGAAGGUCUUGAAAAAACACUUGCUUCUACUCGUGCCCGGGGCAGUCAUUUGAAGAGGCCAAAGAUUGGAAAGCGAUUUCAGGAUUCUGAAUUCACUAGUUCUCAAGAUGAAGAUGAAAAAAUUGCCCAGACUUCACCUACAGCUUCACUAAAUAAAUUAGAGUCGACUGUGCGCACGUCAGAGAGUUCAGAAGACUUCCCAGAAGAAGAUCCAGAGCAGAGAGGGACUGAUUUUGAGGAUGACAGCAGUGAUAAAGAUGCACGGCCCACACCUAAAACACAGCCACAUCCAGAGAAGCAGGAUGGUGAAAAAGAUUCUGAAUUGGAGCCAAUGAAUGGUGAGAUAAUGGACGAGAGUAUUAAGACCUCACUUGUUACUGAAGAGGAAGACUCUGGUAAUGAAGAAGAAUUAAAAGUGCAGUCUUCUAAUUCCAAUGAAAACACUGCAAAUAGUGUUCCACUGGGGGUAGAAUCUUCAAAACACCCUGAGACUGUGGCACCAGAUAAAACCCCACUCAUAGCUGACUCAGAAAUGUUGAUAGCCCAAGGCCCAUCUGAUGACAAGGCUCACACUGAAGAGAAACUGCCCCCAGUUCCAAAAAAGAAAACAUAUUUGGGGAAUUCAGAUAGUGUUGAAGAACGAGCUGAUAGUGGUUUUCCAAACUCUGUGAUAGCUGAAUUUUCUGAAGAACCAAUCUCUGAGAAUUUAUCACCCAACACUACAUCAUCAGUGGAUGACCAGGGCGAGGAGGGGCCUGAGCCCCGGGAAACCACUACUGCUCUUCCUCAGAGUUCUUUGAUAGAGGUUGAACUUGAAGAUGUGCCAUUUUCACAGAAUGCAGGACAGAAGAACCAAUCCGAGGAGCAGUCUGAAGCAUCGUCGGAACAACUGGAUCAGUUUACACAGUCAGCAGAGAAAGCUGUGGAUAGCAGCUCAGAGGAGAUUGAAGUGGAAGUGCCUGUGGUGGACAGGCGGAAUUUAAGAAGAAAGGCCAAAGGGCAUAAAGGACCUGCCAAGAAGAAGGCCAAGCUGACCUGAGCGAAGAAGAGAUGCAUAUGAUAAAUCCUCCUCUUUGUAACAUAAUUGUUUUUUAAAUAUUGUAAUGAAUAAACAGCAUGGGGUACAGGAAAAAAAUUUCCAAAAUUUCAGUUUGAACUUAUUUACAAUGCAGUUUUUCUCUUCCCUUUAGGAUAUAAGAUUGAACAUUCUUUAAAUUUUCAGGCUUUGUGUAAAUACAAUUUUUUAUUUUUAUUAAUCAUUUCAAUUUGGGGAAAGCAGAUCAUACUAUAUUUUUCUUUAGGAGGUGGAAAAUCUGACCAUUAAUAUUUCAAAAAAUUAAAAAAAAAACAAAGUAGUUGGCUUUCUGUUAUUUGUAAGGAUCACAGAAGUCUUUUAUAUUAAGGAUUUUAAUAGUAAAACUUACUGAGGGGUCUAUCAAAACUAAUCGCCAGUUUUUAAAAUAUAGGGAUGCCUAAACAGAAAUAAGUUCAGUAAAUUAGAGUAAUUAUAACCUCAAGUAAAUGAGAGCACAAAAUGAAAUUUUAUGAUCAAAUGCUUAUGAAGAUAUUGUGAUUUUGUAGAUCCUCUUGUAGAUGGAGUAUCUUCCUUCAACUUUAGUGUCUGUGGAAAGAUACAUAAAAUACUGUUUCCCCACUUUGCAUCAUUUACAGCACGUGGGGUCAUUAUCUAAAGUUCCAUUUGUAGUAUUACUUUGCACUCAUUUUUAAAAAAUCUCUUUAGAUGCUUCCAAGUUUGAGUAUACUUUCAAUCAUGUAAGCAUCCCAGAUAAUGAAAUUUAGAGAGUUUACCUUGGACUUUGUGGUCCCAAUCACAGAUAAAUUAAGCCAGAGAUGCUUUGUUCUUACCCAGUUAAUGUCUUUUAUGUCAGCAGCGUUGUCUCUUCCUAAGCCUCUGUAACUCCGUCCAGGUACUGCAGUCUUUAUUUUCUCCUCAGCUUUCAUUGGAGUUAUUCUCCUGGCAGAAGGUCUGCUUGCCAGCUUAUGCCUUGGUAUCUCUUCUUGGAUAGAUUUGCAAGCACACCUUCCAACCUUAGAUUUGCACGUCAGGAGUAAAGCCGCCCUAGGAGCUACAAACGAACUUAAUUCAAAUGAGAGGGGUCUGUUGCCCAUUUGGUUUUGUUCACAUUAGGUUUUUCUGUGAGUACUGGUUGUAACCUAGCCUGUAUAUGUAAUUUGUAUUGUCAUAGCAGAAGCAUUUUAUUUGCUUAGGAAAACUUGGAAGAUCCCUAAAAUGUUUGUUUUUAUACAGUGAUUUGCUUUAAAACAAGCAAAAUUCUAGAGUCCAGAAAAAAUCUCAAAACUUUGGCAGUAUGGCAUUUACUUAAUUUGCAGGUAAGUUGGAGAAUAUUUUGAGCCCAUUUAUACUUGUUUUUGAAACAGCUUGUACUUGAUCGUAUAUGAAAGAAGCAUGUUAGGCUUCCUGUCAUUAUUUUGAGUGCCAUGGAUUUAUGUGGAAGAUUUAUUCAGCCUUCAGUCAGGUGAUAAAAUGUCAUUACGUUUUAUUUUGGGAUAUUAGUAUUAGAAAGGUCUUAGUUAAAAUCUUUAAGCAGGUGAAGUAGUCCUAUUAGAUCCUAAACAGUUGUUUUACUGAUCAGCAGAAAUGAGAUUAAUUUCAUUCUAAGUGAAGACUAAGGAUUUUUGCCAUGUUUUUAAGAAAUACGUAAACAAUACUAGUGAGUCUAUCAAAAAUUCUUGCUGCUGCUUUGAGAAACUUAUUAAUAUAAGGAAAUAACAAGAAUUAGAAAAUACCUUUCCAGUUUUCAUUUCUUAAACUAUUUAAAAACUUGAUAUUUUGCUCAUUUUUUAAUUCAUUGUUUAAAUGUGAUUUUUUUUUAAAAAAACAUUACACCCACUGAUAACUUGAUGUAAAAGUUUCAAAAAAAUCAUUAAUAUAUGACUGGGGCUAACAGUAUAAACCUAUACUUGUUUGCUUUAAAUGGAAAUUUUUGCAAUUUCAACUUUCUGUUCACAGAAAAUUUUUAUUACAUGUGACAAAAUAUCGUUGGGUUUGUAGAUCAUAGAGGAGAAAAUUAGGUCACAUGUACAUCCCUUUCAUGUUCAGUAAUUUAUUAGAAAUUUAUCCAUAAUAGGGAGUCUAAUCAGAUGCAUUUAGUUUUUGCAAGGCAUUACCACAGUGUGUGAUUUCAGCCAGCUAAUCUACUUGUCAGGUGUUGUCACAUUCUACAUAGUCCUUUGUGAUCUGUUUUCUGUUGUCCUUUUUGCAGAAAAGGAUAUUCACUUUUUGUGUACAUACAUAUAUAUUUCCUUAUGUAAUAUAAAGGUGAUUAGAAUUUUACUUCUUUCAAGUUUAUUCAAUAGCUAGACCUCACAGAAAUUAGUAUAUUUAAAAAUUUAUUAUAAAGCUCUUCUACAACUUUUAAAGUUGAGCGGUUCUAUUAUGAUUUUUUAAUAAAAUCAAACAGCAUGACUUAGAAUUGUCAGUCUUCCAUCUAAAAUGUGUGUAUUCAUGUUGUUUCCAUUCAAUGCAAAUAUGGUAAUACAGUCAUUCAUAGUUUACUUUUAGCAGAUUACCAGAGCACUACCUAAACAUGGCUGCAGCAACUUAAGAAAAGUACCUUGAAAGGGUUAUAAAUUGUAUCCACUUGAGCCUUUAACAUGACAUGAAAACAUCUGCUCUUACACUGGGCUUUAUCCUUUAGGAUACCAUCUAAGGUUUGGUCACACCAGCAAACUGAAACAUUUUAAUGUAAAUAAUUUAUAUUAACAUUAUUCAUCUGUAUAACAGUAUCUUAGAUUUGUUCCCUUUAUGUCCAUUAGUAGCAAUAUGAUAUUUAUGGUGUGAUCCAGUCUUUCAUGGGUGAAAAUUAUUACAAAUAUUAUGCUUGUCUUUAUACUAUCAGGCUUCCUUUGUACAAAAUUGCUUAUUUUUGCUUUUAAAAAAUAAGCUAACCUUGUUCCUUGUAUUUGUAGUGUGAUUAGCUGAAGUCAGUUUUUUCUUUUUGUUUUAGAACUUAAGAAAUUCACGUAUCACCCAUUUUUAUUAGUGGCAAAAUAAUUUGUCAAAAUUAAUUGCAACAAAGGUUCAGCUUCUAUCAAGUGAUUCUAUCACUGGAUCAUUUCCAAGAAUUACUAGUCAAUUCUUUUCUAAGAGUCUGUACAUGUUCUAAAACUUUGUUUAUAGAACUUAGAAAAAAGUUACAUUAUACAAAGUAGCAAGUCUUAUGAGAGUACUUAUGUUCUUUUCUUUUGUAAUUAAACCUAUAUUUUGUGAUUGUUUUUUGGUCUCUGUUUUGAAAUUCUUUGCCUUCUCUUUUUCCCAAUUACAUUCAUAAAAAUGUUUAGAUACUGAAUCUGUUUAGACAUUGAAUGAUUUUGUUAAAGGCACAAUUAAUCAUACUGGUUGUACUUCAAAGACAGACCUUUAAAAAUAAACAUAAUUUAAAGCACCUGGUGAGUGUUAUAUACAGAUAUCCAAAGCUCAAGUUAAUUCAGAUCACAAAACUUGAGGUAGAACCCUAACAUGACCAUUUUAUAUUAACUGGGAACAAAGUUUCUUUUCAGGGCAUCAGUACCACUAAAUUGGAAUUAUCUAAAUAAAUUUUUAAUGACAGUCUUAAAAUAUUAUCAAUAAGACUAUUUGAGAAAAACUUAAGACCAAUUUGUAAAACUGGGCCAUUUUAAUGUUUUUACAAUUUAAUAAAUAGUUCUCUUGAUGACUGCAAUUAUAAAAGUUGUAUUUCCCGUAAUAGGUUUUCCUGAUCAGUCUGUAGUCUUCAGUAAGUGUCAAACCAGUAGGACUGCAUUGAUGCAUCCAUCAUUCUCAGGGUUGUUGGUUACCUGGGCAUAUUUACCUACAUAAACAGCCAAAAAAAAAGAGAAAAGAGGAAUAUUAACCAAUAAAAAUUUGUGCACAUGUGUCUGGUUCUGAGGAUCAAACAUAUAGGGUCUUGCAUACGCAAGGCAAGUAUACUAACAGUUACAUUCCAGCUCAAAAAUUGAAAGACCGUAACCUUUGUUUCAAAUACGUCUAAUUACCAUUUUUAAGAAUAUGGUAAUAAAGAACAAAGAUCUCACACUUAUUGUGAUUCAAGACUAACUUGUGUUUUGAACACAUUUGCAUGUAAAUACUGUUUUUACAUAUGACAGUCAUUACUGCAUUAGCAAGCCUUUGUUGCAUCAGGUUUUAAAUGAGUUUCAAAUUAAUCUAACAACAUACUUUAAAAACAAGGUCACUCAACGUAAGUAUGAGCUAAUGACUUAGUUUUAAUUGUUAACCGAGUAUGGUUAUGUCUGAUGUAUGCCUUGCUUCCCCAGCAAUGGUGAGUUUACUGUAUUUUCUUCUAGUACUUUUGGAUUAAACUUUAUUUCUGCUUUCCUUCUAAACUGAGUAUUUAAAAAAAAAAUUACAUGUGCAAAGUGAAGUGGCACAGUUCAUUGAUUUUGAGGUAAGCCUGGGCUACACAGUAAGUUUAAAGCCAGCCUAACCUACACAGUGAGACCCUGUCUCAAAAAAAACAAAAACUAUCACAACAGAGUAUACCUUAUAUAACUGAAACCAACAUGGGAUAUUUGGAAUAUAGAAUAACAUUUGUAACUCAUACACAAAAAAUACUGUUCCUAAAGAUUAAAUAAUUGAAUAUACAUUUUUACCCUGCUCUCCCACACUAAAAAACUGUAUUUAAAUCACCUUGAAAAAUAAUUGUUGUAACUUUUGAACAGCAACAGCCUACAUUCAGAAACUUACCCCAAAUAACCUUGCCUCCUUGGGUCACGAGGCCCAACUCGCUUACAUUCACCUCAAUCACUGUACCUUUGGUAAUAACACCCAAAGUUGUAUACAGUGGCGAUGAAGGAUUUUUUUUCACACCAAGUAUUGGCAGGCAAAAGGUGGCUUUCAGUUCAGGAUGUGUUACAUGGGCCUUCUUGAAACGUAAGCCCUACAAAGUCAAUCACAAUAUUUGAUGUUAAAAUGUUUCUAAGUAGUCUUUUUAUCUUUGAAUCCUUUCAGAAAACCACAGGUUCCAUAAUGUUAAGUCAUGAAAUAUUUCUACAAACUAAAACCCUGACAAUAAAUUCACAGGCAAAGCUUGGCAUGUAUUUCUGGGGAAACAUUUUUACCAUGCAAUAGCUAUUUCACAAAAUGCACAUAUUUUUGCUUUAGCUAGUCAUUUUACUUAUUGAAGACCUGCUACAUGCAAGGAAUUAUAAUGGGAGUUAACAACUGGCUCAUUUAUGUAACAGACUCCACUGUCCCUUUGUGGUAAACAGUGAAACAGAUCUGCAGGGUUAACGACCUGCUUCCAGACUAAAUGGUGUAUGGUAUUCCCCAUUCUAAGUCUAUAUACCACAGUUUCGUUCCAUGAAAUAGCUUCGUUUGUGCUGGUAACACAGAGGACUCUGCAGUCGUUGCUACAGAGACAGAGCUAGAUGGGGUCUUUCGUUGUGUAAUACAUUAACACACUUGGUUCGUAGUCUUAAUUUUUACUCAUUUGGGGAUGUGGGAAAAGAAAACACCAAAUGAAGUUCUUACUAAUGGAUUCGUUAAUCAAACUAGUAGGAACAGCCUGACUAGUAUAUACUCCCCUUAUAGAACUGAUAUUAACAAAAAUUAUUCAGAUCAUACAUGAAAUCAAACACAACAGAAUCUGGGAUGGACAAGGACCUCCUGUAAAAGAUGAGACAAUAUUUUAAGCUUUGUAGGGCACAUGAUCUGUUUUAACUACUCAACUCUUGGGAGUGGGGGAAGGUUUAUAGAAACAGACUGCCAACAUUUUAAUCCAUUAAAAAUUACUUAGGUUGAACCCCACACUUUGUUUUUUUUGAGCAGCUGGAAAUCUAGUGUAGUCUUCUUGAAGGGAUUAUGCAAAAAUAUAUUUUCAAUUUUCCCCAAAGCAUGGAUAGGUAAGGAUUAGUUUGGGGUAUCUGACCAUUACUGCUGUCAACAGAAAUGAAGCAACUUUUAUAUUUUCUUUAAGUGAUUACAUACUGAAUGUUUUCAAGAGCAUUCCCACGCUGCGGCUGAAUGUGCCUGUAAUUCCAAGCACUUCAGAGGCCAAGGCAAGAGGAUCGUUGUGAGUUCAAGGCCAGCCUUGGCGACAUAGUUCAAGGCAAGCCUGAACUACAUACAGCCUGUCUCAAAAUAACAAAAAAUAGAGUUUAUUCUUAUGAGAAAAAAUUCUCAAGUUUCAAAAGUCAUACUUCAUAGUGUCUUGUAUAACAAUCUUUUACAUUUCAAAUCUUAUGAAGCCAAAAAUAAGUGUUAGUGGGAAAAGUGCCAAGUAAUCCUCCAAUUUGUUAAAAGUAAUAGAGAUGAGAUAAAAAUAUUUUUCCUACCAGUUUUAGCAAUUCCAGGAAAUUCUUAACAUUUUAUCUAGUGUAGCAAGGGGAACUAAUUAAAUUCCCAUUGUCUUGCAAAGGACCUACCAUUGGCCUAAUAAACCUUUCAUAUUUAGGUGGUUUUCUUGUAAAACCAUCUCCAACAAAGCAGACUUUAGUAACCAUCCUCUUCCAUGCCUUCUUUUUUCUCUUGCCAGUUCGAAUAACUUUUAAUACUUCUGUUUCUCCUUGGGCACGAACUUUGGGUAGAGGGACUUCCCAUUUUCCCUAAUAAAAAAUUUAUAUUGUAAUAAAAGGCAAAAUGAAUGUUAAUCACACAAAGUAAUAAGCAUGUUAACAUAAAAUAUUCAGCAUGUGUUAGGUUCAGUUGUUUUCUACAAGUCUGCCAUAUCCUCAAGCCAGAGUUAGGUAAAACUAGUUUAGUUUACAUAUCACAGGCACAUCAGAUAAAUGGGUUACUUAAGCUAAAGUUCUUAAAACAUUAUGGGUGAAAAAAAUCUGUAGUAAGAACUUCUAUAAGCAGAACGUGUUAACUAGUUAACGUGUAGAACUGGAAGACUUUCACUUAAUAUAUCUUUGUAUUUGUAUCUGAAACGCAUUUUUUGAUUAUAUUACUAGUAAGACAAAAUUCUCACCACAUAUUUUGUACACCAGAAUGCAAAUUUUUGUAUAUGUGUAUACUGUGUGUGGUGUAUUUGUACGUGUGUAUGUGUGUGUAUGAACAAAACAAUAGCAUACUAAGAAGUGGAAGGAAUUCUGAACUUAAUUACUAGGACAUAAUUCUCAUAUUCUAUCUCACAGAUGAUCGUGACUAAUAAUUUACAAAACUCUUCGAUUCUCAGUCUUUUCAUCUAUAAAAUGAGACUAUAUUACAUAAAUAACCAAGUUUCUUUCAGUACUGAAGUUACACCAUUCUAAUUUGAGAUUCAUUCCCACAGGUGUUUACAAGUAUCUACUCUCCCUUUCUGUUUUUUUGCAGAAGUUUAUCUAUUGUGUUUACCAAAUACAAUCUAGAUUGUUUUUUGGUGAUUGUAUGUUUGUUUUAAAUGCUGACUUUUUAUCUGGCUUGUAUCACUUAGCAAACUUUACAUUAUUUUUGUUUUGAAGACAUUUUGGGUAUUGCAGGGCAACAAAAACAAUAGUUGAGCUUUCAAGUGUAGGAAGCCAUUAAAUACUGAAUCUGAAAUUCACUACUUGCCCACUAACCUGUUUUUAGACAGGUUCUUACUACAUAGUUCAGGCUGACCCUGAACUCCUUAAAUUAAAGCCACCAUACCCAGCUUUAAUUAUUUAAGACAAAAAUGUCUGACUGCUUAACAAAUUUUUGAAAACUAAAAUUUUAAAAUCUGAUUAUAUGAAAACCUUACGAUCAGCUUAAAUUUACAAAAUUUCUGAACUUCCAACUAAUGUUCCCAUUGUGAUUCAAAAUUAAACUCAAGUAACAUCUGAAAUUUGAAUUUAACUGUCUGAACAAAAAAGUUAAUUUUUAUUGCUUACCGCCUUUUCUUUACGUUUUUGUUUAAUCAUAUUGGAAAGUACUUUUGCACGAGACUGUCCCUCUCUGUCCAGCAGAUAGGCAGGUACUGCUCCUUGUGGGGUCUUUUCAUCAUUCUUUUGUUUGGUGUUUCUCUUUUCAUGCAUCUUUAUACUAAUCAAGAAGGAAACAUUCAAGAUUAUCUGUUUAGCAAUUAUAACUCAAAGGAUGGUGUUAAAUAAAUAGGAUCACUUACGUCUUCUUCAUUUGUAUUUUCUCUGCGUGGCGCUGUUUAUGGUAGAGUUUAGCCUUCAGGCCAAUCAUUUUCUUUGCCUUCUUUGAACGUUCAUGAGCCUCUCGACUUUCCUUCUUUCUUUUUUUCUCAUGAUAAUCCAAACGAUACCCAUACCGUUUGCGGUGUAAUUCAAUGUAUUCAUUUUGUGGCUAUAAUGAUGCAAGAAAUGUUACUGUAAUUUUUAAAGUAUUGACAAGAUUAUUCUACAAUUAUUUUACACAGCACACACACAAACAAAGGAGUCCAUACCACCCAGAUAAAUGUAUUCACACAAUGUAAAUUUAAGUUUUUAUCCUGAUGAUACAAAGUAGUGUUUACAUCCAUAAUUAUGUUCUGAAAAUUACUGUUACUGAAGGGAAUUGCCCAAAAUCUACCUGACCACUAAAAGUAUGAGCUGAGUAUGGGAUCUUUCAUUUUUUUCCUCCCUGAUGUCAUUUUGAAAUUAAUCCCUGUUCCUCAUCCCCAGUCUGAUACUAUCCAUAGACUUUUGCCUUCCCUAGAGAAAAAUAUAAGUGGAGUCUAUAAAAUACAGUUAUUUCUAACUAGCUUCUUCCCUUCAGCAUAAGAUUUUUGGGCUCAUCCAUCUUGCUGUUGAUGUAUCAGAACUUAAAUCUGUUUUUUAUUGCUCACUAUUCCACUACAUGGCUAUAAAAUCAUGUAUAUAUCCGUUGACCAUCUGAUGGCUAUUUGGGCUGCUCACUUUUUGAUUCGGAAUAAAGCCACAAUAAGUCACUGUAGGCAGAUCUCUGGCCAUCUGUUUACCGCCAGAUUGUUUUCCAGAGUCACUGUAUUGCUUUGCAUUCCACGGUAACUUACAGGAUUUCAUUUGCAUUUUAAACAACAGUUGUUUUAAGCAUGUGGCCAGAAUCCAUACCUAUUUUAAAACUAUAAAAAUAAGCUUAAUGGUUACUUACGCUUUCAUUAAAAAAAAAAAAAAAAAAACUAGGGGCUGGAGGUUUAGCUCAGCAGCAUAAGCGCCUGCCUUGAAAGCAGGCAGUCGUGAGUUCGAUCCCCGGUACCAUAAAAAGGAAAAAGACAAAAAAAAAAAAAAAAAAAAGUACAAAAUAAGAGAUCACCAUACCCUAGGCAGCUGAACACUGAUGCCAGUGACAAAUUCAGGAAUCACCAAAAAGCCAAGAGUUUUCUGGCCUUUAAAUUCUAAAAUUCUGAGUUACCACGGCCCUUUUUUACCCUUUGGGCCUGUUCCUGUUGCCAUCUUCCCCAUACUACUUAUUCGGGAGAGUACGCUUGGCAAUUCUUUCUUCGCUGUACACAAGAACCUGGACUAUUUUUGGCCCACUCAACUAUUACAAAUAAAUUAGGUGUGGUGUUUUUAACUGCUAUCACAUGAACUGUAGCAUCCAAAAGGUAUGAGGCAUCCCAUUUUGUAGACUAAAAGAUUAAAGAUGCAAAAAAGGCUUUGGCAGUCAGGUCCGGGCCCCGUUCUGCAGUUCAUUCGCUAUUUGGCCUUUAGCAAGGUACCCAUCAAAAUUAACUUGAAGGGGUGCGAUUAAUGCCUGCGGCACAGGGCUAAGGGUCAAUUACAUUUGCACUGGGCUCUGCCUCGGCUGACCGAAGCCAGCAGUGUUAACAGAAUAAACUCUGUCUCACUCCACGACUUGUGUUCUAGCAAAUAUCCCACUCUAUGUCCCUAAAGUUUUUCCACUGCCCACAGCCCACUCCGCGGACUUCACCCUCCUUCCGCCCAGCAGUAUCACACUUCCGCUUUCCAAAUCUCACCCCCAGCUCUUGGGCCUUACUAACUCAGACUCCGUUCCGUGAUGAGAGCCUGACAAGGCCUGCUUACCAUAGUGACAGCUGCAGAGCCACCAGGGGCGGCCUCGGGCGUGAGAAGAAAAGUCCUAUCUUUGGGGUCUCACAGACCUACCAGCUACCUCCGCGCACUAGGAAACAGGAAAGAGUUACCCUCUAAAACGGCCGAGUGAAGAGCAAGCGCGACGCUUUCAUUCCGAGUUUCUGAGGUCCUCUCUAGCUAGCAGGGCGGAAGUUGCUGGCAGGUGGCAUUUGGCGGCUGCACCGCCGGAAGUGCUGAGCUGCCACUGCGAAAAGAAGCCAAGCGACAGGUUUAGGUUUACGUCAGACGGUUGUGGCGAGGUCGUAGAGGUGGUGCGGAGAAACUUGAGGUCUUUGCAUAUUUCCGAGAGGCCUGGACCUGACAAGAAGCCACUGUCCGGUGCAGGACACUCAG